AUGUGUAUUUUAAAUAGCAAAUUUCUUAUUUUUUUUUCUUUCUUUCUUUCUCUCUCUGUCUCUCUCUCUCUCUCUCUCUCUCUCUCUCUAUAUAUAUAUAUAUAUAUUUUCUUUCUUUCUUUCUUUCCUUCCAUCCUUCUUUCUUUCUUUCUUUUUUUUCUUUCUUUUGUCCUUCCUUCCGUCUUCCUUUUGUUCUUUUUAUCUUUCUUUUGUCCUUCCUUUCUUUCCUACUUUCUUCUUUUUUUCGUUCUAGCUAUCUUUCUUUCUCUCCUUCCUUCCUUCUUUCUUUCCCUUUUCCUUCCUUCCUUCCUUCCUUCCUUCCUUCCUUCCUUCCUUCCUUCCUAUCGCUCUUUUUAUCUUUCUUUCGUCCUUUGUUUCUUUCCUACUUUCUUCAUCUCCCUUUCUUUCUUUCUUUCUUCCUUUCGUUCUUUUUAUCUUUAUUUCAUCCUUUCUUUCUUUCUACUUUUUUUCGUUCUAGCUAUCUUUCUUUCUCUCCUUCCUUCCUUUUUUCUUUCUUUCUUUCCUUCUUUCUUUCCUUCCUUCCUUCCUUCCUUCCUUUCUUUCUUCCCUUCCUUCCAUCUUCCUAUCGUUCUUUUUAUCUUUCUUUCGUCCUUUCUUUCUUUCCUACUUUCUUCUUUUUUUCGUUCUAGCUAUCUUUCUUUCUUUCCUUCUUUCUUUCUUUCUUUCUUUCUUUCUUUCUUUCAUUCUUUCUUUCCCUACUUCCUUCCUUCCUUUCUUUUCCCUACCCUCUCCUCUGUUCUCCCUCUUUUUCCUUCACCUGAUCUCGUGUUUCUUCCUCCUCAUCAUCUUACUCCCCUUUUCUUCUAUCAUUUUCCCUAUUACUCCCUUUUUAUACUUCUACUCUCUCUCUCUCUCUCUCUCUCUCUCUCUCUCUCUCUCUUUAAAUAUAUUUGUACUGUUUUGGGUUCUGUUGCGCUUACUUUCAGUACAAAUGUCCUUAGCACCACGUGGAUUGUUUGA